AUGACGCUGUGUGCUGACGCUGCAGGAGUUGACAAUUUGUCCUUUCUCAAUGACGACCAGCUAUUAGAGCUUUUGGAGAACUCUGAUUUGGAAGAUUUUGAUAUUGAUGAAGAAGAUGUGCCACAACUGCAAUUAGCUGUAGCUAAUGAAAUGGAAGCAGACCCACAACGGUGUCCAUCACCACUGAACUCUGACAUUCCACUACAAGUCCGGAUGGAACAAGAAAAGCUCAGACAACGGUGGAGAAUAAAACCUUGGGAAACGCCAAUUGUGGCACCCAUCAUUGAACUUCCAGUGGAGGAACUUCUAGGCCCUAGUGAAUACUUUGGACGGUACCUUACUGAAGAGCUGUUUGAGUUAAUGGCUGUAGAGUCUAAUAAGUAA